ACACAUCAGAGUGGUAAACAUUUAAGCAUACUUGAGGAUCACUUAUAAGUUGUUCUAUCCUGUUAACCAUGAGAGACGAGGAUCCCACAAUGCUAUGCGGUCGACAGCGUCAUCGCCAACAAGCUCUACCUCAGCUCCACCAUCGCCACCAACGGUUGUCACAUCGCCAAACUCGUCGAUGGGGACGAUGGUGGGCCAUGUCAACAACGGCGGAGUGCCCUUCAAUCUGCAUGCCUCCCCACCCAGGCCAGGCAGUGGAGGGGCAGCCGGAACGACACCCACUAACAAUAACAACAGUACGCCUCAAAUGCCUUUACGUAUGCCCCCACCGACGAGCGGCGGCAUUAACGAACCUCAGGAAUGUCCCUAUUGUCGACGCACCUUCUCCUGCUACUACUCCCUCAAGCGGCACUUCCAAGACAAGCACGAGCAAUCUGACACACUGUACGUAUGUGAAUUCUGUAGUCGACGAUACCGUACCAAGAACUCGUUGACUACACACAAAAGUUUACAACACCGCGGCUCCAGUGGCAUGUUGAAGCGCCUGCUCAAGACCUCAAUGAAGAACGUGCUGGUGCCGCCGCCACACCACCACCACCAUCACCAUCCGCAUCAUCCCCAUGCCAUUACACAUCAGCGCACUCCGCUCUUCGACUUUAGCAGUGAAUUGGGACAACCACCACCAGGUAUCCAAUAGGAUAUAUUAUGGAAUGCCAUCUUUUAGAGAAGCAUCCCGUCAAGUCAAUUGAACCAUAUCCGGAUCGGCAUCAAUCCUCUACACCGACUGUAGUCUGUCGUGCAAUA